CACACACACAGCAUAUGCUGAAGACUGAACGUGAGAGCAAGGCAGAAAAAGGACUAAGCAAGAGUCUGCUAGAGAAGGAACUGUAUGCAUUCCAAGUCUUAUUUGUAGGAUAUACUUACUGUUUGCUGGAGUUGUUCAAAAUUAGGGGUACUUCACUGCAGAAUGACAGAGGUCAUGAUGAGUGCUUGCAAAAGUAGCAUGGAAAACAUUGGGUUAAAAUGCAAUGAUGACAGACUACCAUUUCAGAUUUUCCCAGACCCCUGUGAGUCAUAUGAAGGCCAUUCAAAAUUAAAGGACCGACUGCCAUCCAUUGUUGUGGAACCUACAGAUGUCAGUGAAGUGGAAAGUGGUGAGCUACGGUGGCCACCAGAAGAAUUCCUGGUGUCCGAAGAGGAUAUGUUUACAGGUGAAGAAGAGAAGGACACAACAACAGCUGAAGCUCAAGCUGAAGAGAAUGCAUCACACAGAGGAACUGUCACAUCGGCAGACAACUGAGACACAGCUGCUUUGACUACCUGGCCUUUCUUUCUGGACUUCAUGCAGCUUGAAGACCACUAGCUCUCCUUUUCAUUUCACCUGCAUAUUAUUUUCUGGACAGUUUGGAAAAUCCUGAGAUCUGAAAUCAGCUUAUUAAGAUUUCCACUAUUUUGAAAGCUAAUUUUUGGAAAAGACUUAUUGCUUUUGACUGUAUUAUUCUUCAAACUGCUGGACAUUUGGGAAUGUUACCAGUGGCAUGGGACUGUGUGUGUGUGUGUGUGUGUGUGUGUGUGUGUGUGUGUGUGUGUGUGUGUGUGUGUGAUUGUUUGAAAAGUUGCAUCUCUUCCAGGAUGGAAAUAUUUUGUUCUCCAUUCCAGCCUUGAAUAGUGCUUUUAAGUCAAGAUUUACAUUCCAUUAGGCAAUGUUAUAUUUUGCCCAGAGCUCUUACUAGGACUGAGAUUCACAUUUGUAAGUAAUGUUAUCCCAAGGUUAGCGGUUGAGUUUCUGCUAUGUUUGAGCUACUGAACAAUAAAAUCAGGUCAAUAGGUGUUAUUGUUAAUGACUAUACGGUACUUGUCUUUCUGCAGACUUUGACAAAUUCAACAUUCAGAACACGCGUGCUCUAGCUGUUGUUAGUUUUUGGUAUUUACACAGCAGUAAAAUUAUAGCAAUAAUUGUAAAUGCAAGCAGGGAUGACUAUAAAAUGUAUCUGUCUGUUUUCUUUGCUUUGUACUACUGUUUAUACAUGGAUAAUACAUAAUAAUCCCCGUAAUGUUUAAAAAAAUCUUGUUCUAAAUUCAGACUGAUAUAAAUGAUUAUGAAAACAACAGUCACAGCUGUAUUAACCAGACUGAGUACAACUGAUAUCUGAGUAGAUUUUAUAUAAUCUUCUUAUGGUAUAAUUGAAAUCAAGGCAAGAAGUUGGGAUCUUUGAUUUUAUUUUUUUAAAAGGACUAUGUGAAACAGUGUGACAUUUGGAAAACUAUUACAGGAUGGCAAACAACUCGGUUUGUGUUUCUGAUUAAUCUUUUGUCCAUCCUAAUUAUUUCUGAUACUGCCCUUCAUUUGUAUUGUUAAUAAAUUAUUUGCAUAGAGACAGGA